UCCGGUAUUCCGGGGUAAACGCACAUGCUGUAUCUUUGCUAGGGCCUCCCCCGCGGAAAACACUGGUCUAGUUCUAGUGUGGGAUCCGGCAUACUGAGGCCCACAGCAAGACGUCUGGUCCGGAGAUGCACAGUUACACGGGCAAAGUCACACACUCCGGAUGAUAUAUACAUUGCCCCUUUUCAGACUAUUAGGUCACUUGCGAAUCAUCAUCAGCUACGAUUUCUCAGACACGACGCCACGGCUUCGAACACGCGGAGGAAUCUAGUAGUCGUGAACUCAAAGUCUACAAGCGAAUACACAUACGCUCAGAACUCCCACUAUGAAGCUAUCAUACCUCUGGGCAGCACCGGCUGUCAACCCCAUCAGCCGCAAGGCCCGCUCCAUCCCCGUCCUCAACGUCUUUGAUGUCUACGGUCGAGUAUUCUUCUUCUCGUGGUGGGGCUUCAUGGUGGCCUUUUGGGCCUGGUAUGCGUUUCCGCCUCUUUUGACGCAUACUAUCAAAGCCAAUCUUCACCUGAGCUCUGCCGAAGUCGCUAAUUCCAACAUUGUUUCACUGUGUGCUACAUUAUUGGUACGGCUGGUUGCCGGACCUGCCUGCGAUCGGUUUGGGCCUCGCUGGGUAUUCGCCGGCACUCUCCUGCUCGGAGCGAUCCCCCUCGGCCUCGCCCCUCUCGUCCACAAUGCCCAGGGCCUCUACGUUAGUCGAUUUUUCAUCGGCAUCCUCGGCGGAUCUUUCGUGCCUUGCCAGGUCUGGUCGACCGGUUUCUUCGAUAAGAACGUCGUGGGGAGCGCCAACGCGUUGACGGGAGGGUGGGGAAACGCGGGAGGCGGCAUCACGUACUUCAUCAUGCCCGCCGUCUUCGACUCCCUCGUCGCCAGGGGCUACUCGGACGGCGUCGCGUGGCGUCUCUCCUUCAUCGUCCCGCUUGUCAUAACCAUCGCCACCGGCAUAUCCAUGCUGCUCCUGUGCCCCGACACCCCGACGGGCAAGUGGUCUGAGCGACACGAGCACGCAAACCAGAACCUAGCGUCCCACACCACGGCCGCCGGCAUCGUCAGCAGCGUCCCCGGGAACAUCGUCGGCACAGCGAACUCCUCCUCCGCCGCCGUAGCAGAGGCAGACGAGAAGAAGCCAGCAGGCCAAGAACAACACUGGGACCGCGAAGCCACCCUCUCCUCCCAGUCCCAGUCCCAAACCGAAACCGAAACACCCCGCGCCGACAUCGCCGCGGGCGAAGUCAUCGCAAAGCCCACGUGGACCACGAUCCUGCGCGUCCUCGCCUCACCACAGACCGCGUUCCUCGUCCUCACGUACGCGUGCUCCUUCGGCGGCGAGCUCGCCAUCAACGCCGUGCUCGGCGCGUACUACGCGCAGAGCUUCCCCUCCCUCGGCCAGACCGCCGCCGCCAACUGGGCCGCCAUGUUUGGCUUUCUGAACCUCGUCACGCGGCCGCUGGGGGGCGUUGUCGCGGAUGCGGUUUAUCGGCGGCGCCGCGGCGGCGGCGUCUGGGCCAAAAAACUAUGGAUCGUCCUCUGCGGCUGCGCCACCGGCGCCCUGCUCGUCGUCAUCGGCACCCGAAACCCGCACCACCACCACCUGCCCACCACGGUCGGCCUCGUCGCGCUCGCCGCCGUCUUCCUCGAGGCCGGCAACGGCGCUAACUUCGCGCUCGUGCCCCAUGUCCACCCCGCUGCCAACGGCGUGCUGUCCGGUAUCACGGGCGCGGGGGGCAAUCUGGGGGGCGUGGUGUUUGCGGUGGUGUUUAGGUUUGUCGGGAGUGGGAGGGGAGGAGGAGGAAGUGAUUACGCGACGGGGUUUUGGGUCAUUGGGGUUGUCACGGUGGUGCUGAAUUUGGGGCUUGCUUGGGUUGCGCCUGUGCCGAGGGGGCGGGGUGGUGGGUUUUGAGGGUGGUGGGGAGCAGGGUAUUUUUUUAUAUAUCACCUACCUACAUAUAUGUUUGGGGAUGUUUCUUGUUUCUUGUUUCUUGUUUCUUGUGUGAGAGAGACUUCAAAAGUUUAUUUUCUAGUUACAUUCAAGGCUUGUAUCCGGGGAUGAAUGAGUAACGCGGUUUGGUAGGUGGAAGUAGAUAGGGGCAUACCUAUUCUCAUCCGCCCCUGAGAUAUCUAGGUACCUAGUACCUACAGUACCUAUACCAAAUUACCUAUUGCCAUAUCUAUCCUAAAUUUCUCCAUAAUACGCCGUAAUAGGAUAGCUGGCUACCUCUGCUUAACCUAUAAAGUCAAUCAAAUGCGGGGUGGGCUGG